AUGGGCAACGCCAAGAGCGGGGCCCUGUCCAAGGAGAUCCUGGAGGACCUGAAGGCCAACACGCGCUACUCGGAGGAGGAGCUGUGCCGCUGGUACGAGAGCUUCCAGAAGCAGUGCCCCGACGGCCGCAUCUCCCGCGCCGAGUUCGAGAAGAUCUACGGCAACUUCUUCCCCAACUCCGACCCCCAGGGCUACGCCCGCCACGUCUUCCGCAGUUUUGACACCAACGAUGAUGGGACCUUGGAUUUUCGGGAGUAUAUUAUUGCCUUGCACCUCACCUCGUCGGGGAAGACGCACCUCAAGCUGGAGUGGGCGUUCUCGCUGUUCGAUGUGGACAGGAACGGGGAGAUCAGCAAGGGGGAGGUGCUGGAGAUCAUCACGGUGGGUUUGAGGGGGGUGAAAAUAGGGUUUGGGGGGAUAAAUGUGAGAUUUGGGGGGAUAAAUGUGAGAUUUGGGACUGGGAAUGGAGAGAUCAGCAAGGGGGAGGUGCUGGAGAUCAUCACG